AUGGCUCACAGCAGAACCAGCGGAAGCAAAUUCUUCAUGACGGUGUUGUGUAUGGUGGCGUCAUGCGUAGCUGUCCCUGUCAGCGACCUACUGGACCGAGCCUCUCAGCGCUCUGACAAACUGCACUCCCUCAGCACAACACUCACCCAAGACCUGGACACUCAUUUCCCUCCUAUCGGUCGGGUGAUCGCACCCCGUCCCUCGAUGUGCCACACCUCGUCUCUACAGACGCCCAACGAUAAGGCCCAAGCUCUUCAAGAAUCAGAGUCACGCCUGAUGUCGCUGGCUCGCUCUCUGCUCCAAGCCUGGGUGGACCCUCUGGUCGUCCUGUCCACCUCUGCUUACACUCUGCCUCACCCAGCACAAAGCAGCAUAUUCAGCAAGAUCCAAGAACUGCAAGAGCACUCCAAGAACCUGGGAGACGGUCUGGACAUCCUAUCUGGCAAGAUGGGUCCGGCGGCUCAGGCCAUCUCCCCUCUGCCCUACGACGGAGGCAACGACAUCGGCCAGGACAAGAUUUCCAAAUUGAUCAACUUCCAUUUCCUGAUGUCCUGCUUCCGACGGGACUCCCACAAGAUUGACAGCUUCCUGAAAGUCCUACGCUGCCGGGCAGCAAAGCUGCAGCCUGAGCUGUGCUAA